UCUCUCUCUCUCUGAACGCAACAGCUGCAUAGUGAGUGAUUUGCAAACAUUGAAAGCAAGGCAUUUCGUCCGGCUAACAAUUGGCUAACUCAGCUAAUCAGAUUUCCAGAAAGAAAGAAAGAAAACCAGCUACUAAACUAGCACCCCAUAUACGUUAUUACUUAUUAUAGCGAUUGUUGGCACACAAUAAGAAUACCUGACGAAGUCUGAACAUAAUGGUAGGUAUGGAGGGUUUUGCCUGUCAGGACAAUUCCUCUGUGUGAAUCACAGGAAAUCAACUUAUCAGGUGUAUGCCCCAUUACCUGGCAGUGAAUGGCAAGCCUCGACUGCUUCUGUUUUACAGGAAUGGCUUCACUGAAACCCUCAGAUUAUGCACUGUUCUGAAAUUCAAAAUAUUUCUCAAAAGUCUUCUAGGAAAAUUCUGAAAAUUUCAUAGAAGUUUGAUGCCUUUCGUGAGUAAUUCAGAUGAAUGACUCCUUUUUUUUCCCCCUCACAUGUCUCCUUCCUUGGUUUCAUACAAGCUUUCAAGUGAAUUAGAAAAAAAUACCCUAGUAAAUUCCUGCUGACAUGCCUACCCACCCAUUGAUCCCAUAUGUGGAAAGUCCUGAUGGACUUGGUCAUGACAUCCUUAGCCACAGCAGUGCAAGCAUGCCUGGUACUGGUUCUAGCAUGACACCUCAUGCCAGCUUGGUGGAAAAACCAGGCAUCCUGGCAGAAAGUAGCCUGCCUCUAGACUGCAUGUUUUGUGAGGAGACCUUUCUGCAUCAGGAAGACUUGGGACCACACCUUCUUUCCCAGCAUCCCACAACAUUCCACGGACCUGCAGUAUUGCGCGUGGAAGCAGAAUUCCUAACCCCUGGUGACAGGGCCCGUUCUAAGACCUGCCCUGCUGUGGAAAAAAACGAGGAACUCAGUUGCGCUGUGUGCGGCCAGGCCAUCAAAGAUGCGACAGAGCUGGAGACGCACAUGAGGAAACACAAGGACUCUUUUACAUACUGCUGCAGCAUCUGUGGGCGUCGUUUCAAAGAGCCGUGGUUCCUUAAGAACCACAUGAGAACUCAUGGGAAGACUGGGUCUAAAAGCAAAAACCAUGAGCUGGAGAUCCCAGCCACUGUCAAUGAUGUCAUUCAAGACCAGCCACCAUCCCCUGUGGUCACGUCAUACAAAAUGUGCAUGGUAUGCGGCUUCUUUUUCCACAACAAGGAAGCUUUGGCUGAGCACAGUAAAGUUCACAAUCGAGAUGCAGAAGCAGAUGAGAACAUCUCCACUCAUGACCAACCUGCUGAGGAGCUUCCUGUAUCCCAACAUGCAUUUUUGCAGAACCUACAGUUGCAUCCUUCCGUUGCCAGAGAAGCAGAACCGAAGCAUCCGACUGGACGAUGGAUAUCACAACUCGAUCCUUUCAACACCUACCAAGCCUGGCAGUUGGCCACAAGGGGCAAGAUUGCGGCAGGUCCAAACUUAGCCAAGGAGCUCAAUGCAGACUCUAAUUCUGACAAUGAAGACUCGGGGUCUGAAAAAGAGGAACUUGGGGCAAUCUGGGCUUCCGGAGAUAAACCUGCCAGACGAGGCCUAAGAAGUGAACUCAAGCCUUCAGACACUCCUUCUCCAUCACCUGAGCAAAAGGGUCUGAUUCGUAAAGACAAGCCAACCAAUUGCGAAGAGUGUGGGAAGAUCUUUAGGACGUACCAUCAGUUGGUCCUUCAUUCGAGAAUUCACAAGAAGGAACGAGGAGGAGCGGAGAGCCCCACCACACCUGUGGAUGGAAGGGCACAGAGCGUUGGUUCUUGUAGCAGCUCAUCUCUGGACCGAGCAGAUGAGUAUUCAGAGGAUGGCUCUGAAGAGGGAGUGCCAGUUGACGCCUUUAAUCCAGAUAAACUUGAGGAUGGACAGGGUAAAAUGAAGCUCAAAAUUCUUGCUCCGAGAAAAUGCAAUUACUGUGGCAAGACUUUCCGCUCUAAUUAUUACCUCAAUAUUCAUCUCAGGACACAUACUGGUGAAAAGCCUUAUAAAUGUGAAUAUUGUGACUAUGCUGCAGCACAGAAAACCUCUUUGAGGUAUCAUCUAGACAGACGUCAUAAGGACAAACCGUUCACGGAAAUCCCGAACAUUCCCGCCACACCGUCUGCUAGAAAUAUCAUCAAGGCCAUUGAACCUCCCAAGAAUGUAGAUAACAAACAAGCCUCAAAACCACCCAAACAAUGGCUUGCUCCUAAACCUCUCCCUGCCAGUGUUAAACAUGAACUAGGCACGAGCCAGGUUAUCAAAAGCACAAGUCCUUCCAUUCAAGUUAAGCAAGAGUUUGUAAGUUCUCCUGUCGCAACUCCGUACACCCCUUUGAGCGAGGACAACAAAAAAUACCCAUUACCAGCAAAUCUGAAAAUGGAGGAGAAAGAAGCUUCUGAGGCACCACUGAAUCUGUCUCUCAAAGUGUCUCUCUCUAUAUCUGCUACCUCAGUACCCAGAAACCUGUUACUGACCAACACGUGUACCUCUUGCUCCUAUGAGACCCUUUAUCCCGAGGUUCUCCUGAUGCAUAAAAAGCUUAUCCACAAGCAGAAUUUGGACAUCAAGAAGAACGGAUACAGGGGACCUCAGAAAUUGAAACGGUACACUGGUUGCCCACCAGCUCUUGAAGGCAAAGAUGUCGCUCCUUUGGCCCACAUCAACAGGAGGCAUCCACGUCGAACCAAAUCCCCUCUACGCCAACCUCCGGAGAAGCUUCAGAAACCUCCUCAGAUGUCUAAGGUUUCUCCUGUGAAAGAGCGCUGGAGAGAUCAGCACCGGGGCAGAGAACUGGAUGCAACCAACUUGCUGCCUAGAAAGCCAGAGCAAGAGUCUAGCAGGAAAUUCAACGUGCCGUCGGUAAUCGAUAGGGAGCUUCCCAAGCAGAAGCCUGUCCUGGAUCAUGAGAUGAAUCAGAGGAUGGGCAAAAACGGAAUGGUGUGGCCCACGGAUCCAGCGAGGCUUUGCCUUUCGGAUCGUUUUCGAAACUUGACUCAAAUGGAGGUCGGGGAACCCUCCAGCAAAAGACAGAAGUCCUUUGAGCCUCUGCAUACUGCAUCAGGGCGGCUUGGAGAGGAUUUCAACAGGCUUGUGCCCUCAGGCAGGAACGCUAAAACCUCGUUGCAGACACAUUCACCCUUGGCUUCGAUUAAGGUGACCCCUACAGCGUCUUCAAACAGCAUGCAGCCUGACUGGAAUGUCAUGAACAUGCUCCGCACCUACACUCCCAACAACCUGGCCUCGCUCUAUCAUCCCAUCGCUCCAAGUUCCAGCCAUGGUGUCAUGUCCUCACCAGUUUCCGGGAGCAGGUCCUUGAUCUUCCCUCAAUACUCCACUAGCAUGUCUCAGAGGAGAAUCCAAAGCAGCCCUCUGAAUAAUGAACGCUGUGGUGGACCUUCAGAUAAGAGCUCUUAGAAAAUAUCCAGGCUUCCAAACAAGCAGAGAAAAUGUUGACCACAUCGCCAUCGGCUUUAAGAAGAAAAGUUUAACUGUUAGUUUUUGUUUUUUGGGGACGUUCUUCAGACACUAAUGCUGAAGGGUUUGACGUGUUGAAAGGAUGAACACUGUAAGGUUGCAAUCUCUGGACCGGAAGACUAUACGAAUAUAAACUGCAGCCUCAGACGGUGUUGUUUUGAUUCAAUUUGCAUUCCAUUACGGCAAUAGAUUAAUCUGCGGUGCACUUAACACAAAGUCAGACGCACGACAGUUGACUUGUGAAUCUAUUGUGGGUCAGUGGGCUUAUAUGAUGGCUUGAGUACUAAUCAAACCGCAAAAAAAAAACCCAAACAAGUGCCUCAAUUACCUUUUAUACGAGCGAACGGCACUGACCAAAUAAACAAGGAGUAGUCAGGGGACUUGUGCUCCUCUGAUAGUGUAAGAUUGUCUAUAUUGUUAAUGUUUAACAUCCUCUACAGGUCAACUUGAUGCUAUGCAGAGAACAGGAUGUUUUUUUUUUUCUGAAAGUACAAAAUCUAGCUGCUGUGUUACUGUCUCGGAUUUGAGACUUUUGGAAAGCGAUGGUGACGUACUGUGUACUGUUGUGUUGGUACAUUUAUAAAGCAAAUAAAAGCAAUGCAGGGACUGCGUGAAACCUCUUUCACUGUGACGACAGACAUUCAAUGUAAUCCUCAGGAUUGUUGAGAAACAUAACUGUGAUUUAUUAUUAUUUUUUAUUAUUAUUAUUAUUUCUGCGCCGCCAAUGCUGAGCAGUUUCGCCUAAAUGUGUGGUGAACGUUUUUGUUGUAGUUUUGUUGAACACCAGAAUGUUUUUGUUAUCGCGUCUUUUUAAUCUAAUAAUCAAGUGUAUUUAUUUUCAGGCGAGUGUGUUACUUCAGUAGGUUGUCUUUGUGUCUUUAUAGCUUGUUCUGGUUUCUGUUACUUUCUGUGUUCAAUAUACUAACUCUUUCUUUCUUUCUCCCUAAAGACCACCGGUAAAGUUAACUUAUUUCAUAAUAUUUAAGGGGUUUUCAUGAGCUUGAAGCAAAUGCGUCGUAUUUCCUUGAUUAAUAAACUUGAAGCCUAUUUGUUUCUCUAUUUUGCUUCACUCCUCAAUAAGGAAUUACCUCUUAUUUAGUUUUUUUUGGGCGGAUUUGUAGAUCGUUUAUGAUAAAUGAUGGCUGUCGCUGUCUUGAUGAUGGAUUUCGGGUCACCAACGCUGCUUUACGCCAGUAUAAAUUCAAUCCUUUUUUUUUGUUCUCGCUCAGUAUUUCAGCUGUAGAUGCAUUGAAUUGGUAGUUUGGUUUAGGAAGACGUAGCGGCAGCCAUGUGUAAAUUUAUUAGUAUUUGUACUUUUUUUUUUUUUUUUUUUCAACUCUAGGGUGUAUUUGUUCCCAAUUUUUUUGUCUUUCUUUUGCACUUUCACUAAUGAUAUUGUGUCGUUAGUUUCUUUCUUGUGGUAAGGAUAUCACAGGCGUGCAAAACAAAAAAAUAAUGAAGCGGAGAUGCUUUUCUACUCCAUCUUGUCCAUUGUUUCAUAAAUGAUGCUGUUUGGUCUUUAACAGAAUGUGUAAUUUUGGAUUUACAGUCUUUGUAACUCACCUUGUUAUUAAGCCAGGUGUAUUGCAGACCCCCAGAAUAAAGCAGUUGCGGAAACUGGAA